AUUCUGGGAGAUUUAGUUGAGGAUGGCGACUUCGUUAGGAGCGAAUACGUACAAUAGACAAAACUGGGAAGACGCGGAUUUUCCCAUCCUGUGUCAGACAUGUUUGGGCGAGAAUCCCUACAUUCGGAUGACAAAAGAGAAGUAUGGAAAGGAAUGCAAGAUCUGUGCCCGGCCCUUCACCGUGUUCCGCUGGUGCCCCGGGGUGCGCAUGCGCUUCAAGAAGACGGAGGUCUGCCAGACAUGCAGCAAGAUGAAGAACGUCUGCCAGACGUGUCUCCUGGACCUGGAGUACGGCUUGCCCAUCCAGGUCCGCGACACCGGCCUGGCGAUCAAAGACGACAUGCCGAAGUCAGAUGUGAAUAAGGAGUACUACACCCAGAACAUGGAGAGAGAGAUCCAGAACUCGGACGGGACGAGGCCCGUGGGGCUCCUGGGAAAGGCGCCCAGCUCCAGCGACAUGCUGCUGAAACUUGCCCGCACCACGCCCUACUACAAGAGGAACCGCCCCCACAUCUGCUCCUUCUGGGUGAAGGGCGAGUGCAAGAGAGGCGAGGAGUGUCCUUACAGGCAUGAGAAACCCACAGAUCCUGACGACCCGCUUGCAGAUCAGAACAUUAAGGACCGGUACUACGGGAUAAAUGACCCAGUAGCGGACAAGCUGCUGAAACGGGCCUCCACCAUGCCCCGCUUGGACCCGCCCGAGGAUAAGUCCAUCACCACGCUGUACGUGGGAGGACUGGGGGACAACAUCACGGACGCGGAUCUCAGGAACCACUUCUAUCAGUUUGGGGAGAUCCGCACCACCACCAUCGUCCAGCGGCAGCAGUGUGCCUUCGUCCAGUUUGCCACUCGCCAGGCGGCUGAGCUCGCCGCCGAAAAGUCCUUCAACAAGCUCAUCAUCAACGGCCGCAGGCUGACCGUCAAAUGGGGAAGGUCCCAGGCAGCCAGAGGGAAGGAGAAGGACAAGGACGGGGUGGGAGAGAUGGGCAUGAAGCUGGAGCCAGUGCCCGGGCUACCAGGAGCUCUGCCCCCGCCCCCCUCAUCAGAAGAAGAAACCCCAGCCAACUACUUCAACCUGGGCCCCAGCACGUCCCCCGCAGUCAUGAACAUCGCCCUACCCCCACCGCCCGGCAUCACAAACCCUCCUCCCCCAGGUUUUGGACCUCCAAUGUUCCACUCCAUGGGUUCGAUGGGCCCUCCACCGCCCCCUCCCAUGUCCAUGAGAGCUCCCGGCCACAUCCACUAUCCUUCCCAAGAUCCUCAGCGCAUGGGUGCCCACGCCAGCCGCCACGGUGGCUCCUAGUCUCAAAGCUGCCUUGAGAUGCCCAGCAACUGAAUGGUCUCAGGAGGCGAUUGUGGUGUUGUGAAACAGCUGCUUACGUAUUUACUUUCACACAAAUACGCAGUAUUAACCCUUUAUUGGAACAAAAAAGGUUGAAGUUGCAUGAAAUUACCAUGAGUUGUUAAACUGAAACAAAAUGCUCAGUGAUGCUGCCAUGUUGAAAUGAGGCUUUUCUUAGUUUCAUAAACCAAAAAAGCUGCACAAUAUUGUCUGCAUCAUGACUGACAUAAAAGGGUUAACACUCCUUACAAACACCACCUGCGUCUCUCCUCUGACUGGCACAGCAGAGAGAUGGAGGACAGCAGUUGUUACAGCCGGCUGUCCUCCACAGAAACGCCUGGUUUUUAGUAGCCCCACACCUUCUGUUCCUGUAGGUGUUGCUCUGUGUGGGGGCAUUCACUGGUAAACUCAAGCCAGGGAGAUGAGGAUGUGGGUCAGCCUACAGACGCCCACUUUUUUAUUCAGCAUUCAGUGCUGACUGGUCAAAGGCAAAGCUGAGGUUUAAAGUGAUAAACCGAGGUACCCAAAGCAUUGGGAUCUGCAUAGUGCCACGCUUGUUCAUUCUGUCAUGGGAAAAACAGUAUUUUUUUUAGUCUUGAGUGCAUAAUGUUGAGUGACAGGUGUUUGUCAUUGCUGGUGUAGAAGGCUGAGUUUUUAUGGAGACCUUGCGGGACGCCGUCGUCUCAGUUCAGCCAAAUCAACCAGUGCCCUUUGUCUUUAGUAUUGAAUAAGCAAGUGUCUUGGUUUCAGCUUCCACAAGCCAGCCCUAUAAAGAACAGUGUUCCUCACUCACAGUGACUGGCCCUUCAAGGGUAAGGCCAGUACCUUCAUUCUGCCUGUAGAUGGCGAAAUGGCAGUGAUAAGGGAACCCCAAGCAGUCGCAGCCUAUGAAUGGUGUCUGUUGUUUUUCUUUGUCUUGCAUAACUUACAACAUAUGGCCAAAGCAUGUUGUGGUGAGAUUGCAUUUGUCCCUAUGUUUUAGGCUUUAUAAAGCCUAUAUAUGUUGUAUACAUACAUACAAGUA